AUGGCGAUCGACAACGAUACCAAAGGAUGGAUCAUGACAUGCAUCAGCGGCAUUGCAUGCGUCCUUGGCUCUUCGAUCAUCUGCAUCGAUAUAGUGGCACGCCAGUUUCCACGUUGGCGAUACUUUUCGAUAUCCGAAAGUGAUGGGUUCCUAUCCGCGUCAUUAAGCCUCAGUUUCGGGGUCAUGUUGUUCUCCGCCUUAUACUCGAUGCUUCCACAAUCGAAGACGUACUUUAUCGACGCAGGCUAUUCCCCGCGGGCAGCCUCAUACUUCCUGAUCGGGUUGUUUUUGGCCGGCGUCAUAGGCAUUCAGACAUUCUCCCGCAUUCUCCAUCAAUUUAUCCCGUCACAUGUUGUGGACUGCGACCACACUCAUGACGAGGAGGAGGGGAAGAAUCACGAAGAGAUGUCAGAACAUGCAGUGGACGAUGAACACACGAAUGGCCUCCUAAUAUGCAAAAAUCGCCCUGGGCAGACGGAAGAGGAAGAUGAAGACACUCCUUUGCUCUCACGGACCACAAGCGUCAGCCCCAAGAAGCCCCAGUAUGAAAGGACUGGGGAGAAUGAAACAGAGCGUCAGCCUACAUAUCACACCGCGCAGACCCAUCGAAGGCCGUCAAUAAUGCCUAAGACGCUGACGAAGACCCUCACAAAAUAUAUGGGAAGUCAAAAGGAGAAUUGUGAUGAGACUGGUCCAUGCAUGGGAUUUUCGGAUCCCUGUGGCCAGGACUGCUUCAAGGCUGUGCAAAGACGAGGUUCUGUGCUACCAGGUAACGGCCCUUUCUUGCGCUCACCCACGUGGCGCAGCGGGACGACUGAAGUACACGCGGAGCCGAUGCUGGGAGAAGUCGACGAAGACGCUUUGCCAAACGGCUCGACUCUUGGACGUUACACGACCGAUGGCGCCGAUACGAGGAGCUUGAAACCAGACUUGCACCGCACAAGGUCAUCGACGCAUCACUUCCAUCACCCUGCGCACCAACACACAAGUCUGAGCGAGUCCGAACGUCGGCCGUCUCAGCAUUCGCACUCGGGCGGAAAUGAACACCAUCAUCACGUCCCCACCAACGCAUUCAUGUCAAUUGGUCUGCAGACUUCAUUGGCCAUCGCAUUGCACAAGGCGCCGGAGGGCUUCAUUACAUAUGCAACGAACCACGCAAAUCCUCAGCUUGGCUUUGCUGUUUUCAUGGCGUUAUUCAUUCACAACAUCACGGAAGGCUUCGCCAUGUCCUUACCUCUUUAUCUCGCGCUUGGCUCCAGAUUGAAAGCCAUUGCAUGGUCGUCCUUUUUGGGCGGCAUUUCACAGCCACUUGGAGCCGCCAUUGCAGCUUUAUGGUUCAAAAUAGCCAACAGGAGCAGCUUAGGUGCUCCCACUGAAGGAGUAUAUGGUGGCAUGUUUGCAGUCACGUCAGGCGUCAUGACCAGCGUCGCGUUGUCACUGUUCUCGGAAAGCCUGCAGCUCAGUCAUAACAAGAGCACCUGCAUUGCUUUUGCUUUUUUGGGUAUGGGUAUUUUGGGUGUUAGCUUUGCGCUGACGGCAAAAUAG